AUGUCCAUCCUUCUUCACCUUGCCGUGGCCCUGUUGGUUUACACAGUGACAUGCACAAUCUACCAAGUUCUAUUUAGCCCUCUCCGCACUGUCCCAGGCCCUUUCUUUGCGCGGUGGACGCGACUCUGGGAGCUUUUUGAGGUGUGCCAGGGUCACUUCGAGAAGACAAACAUCGAAUUGCACAAGCGCUAUGGCUCGAUUGUUCGAAUUUCUCCAUAUACCUACAGUAUCAAUGAUCCAGGCGCUAUCCGUCAAAUCUAUGGUGCCGGAUCAGCCUUCACCAAGCAUUCAUUUUACUAUGCCUUUGGAAAUCCAGACAAAAUUCAUGCAGACUUGUUCUCAGAAAUGGACAAUGGGCGGCAUGCAAUCAAGCGGAGAAAGGUGGCCUCAUUGUAUUCAAUGAGCUCGCUGGUAAACUAUGAAGCCGCCAUUGACGAGAUCAACAGUGAACUGUGUGAGAAGAUGAGCUUGUUUGCGACCAUAGGAACACCUUUCCAAUUCCCCGCGUGGAUGCAGUUCUAUGCCUUUGAUGUUAUCGGGAAAAUCACAGUUGGAGAAUCUUUCGGCUUCCUCCAAGCUGGAUCAGACUGCAAUGGCAUCCUCGGUGCUAUCCAUGAAAGCAUGGUAUACGGCGGUCGGCUUGGAAUCUUCGCUGAACUUCACUGGAUAAUGGCGAAAAUUGCCAGGACCCUUCGAAUCCCCAUUCCAUUUGACUUGGUGUCCAACUAUAUCACAGGCAAAAUCAAGGCAAAGACAAGCACUCUUAGCUUGUCGGACAAGCCGGACACAGACUUUCUCUCCCAGCUCCUCAUCCGAUUCGAUUCCGGUAAACUUAACUAUGCGGAUGUUUUCAAUUCUAUCGGGGCAAAUAUUGCUGCUGGCUCCGAUACCACUGCCAUCUCAUUAAGCGCUAUAUUCUAUCACCUCUUAAAAAAUCCAGAAAAGCUCCAGAAGCUUGAAGAUGAGAUUGACACGGUCAUGCUUGGGAGACCCACGAGUGAUUCUGUCACCUAUCGUGAGUCACAACAGAUGAUUUAUCUCCAAGCGUGUAUCAAAGAGGCUCUGCGGCUUCAUCCGGCAACGGGAUACCCUCUCUUACGCGUCGUUCCACGAGGAGGAGUGAUGUUGGCUGGGAAGUUCUUUCCGCAGGGGACAGUGGUCGGGGUAAACCCCUGGGUUUCGCAACAGAGUGAAAAGAUAUUCGGACCAGAUCCCGCUUCCUUUCAACCGGAACGGUGGUUAGAAGACAAAGACAGAGUUUCGAUUAUGGAAGCAAAUUUUCUCUCGUUUGGAGCCGGUGCUCGAACAUGCAUUGGGAAAAAUAUCAGUCUUUUGGAAAUGUCAAAGGUAAUCCCUUGCCUUCUGAGUAAGUUCCACUUUCAGCUGGAGCAAUCUGAACAGCCAUGGGAAACCAGCACUACUUGGUUCGUCAAGCAAAAAUUCCGAUGCCAGGUAACCUUAAGGCAAACUAAGUCCAGUUCGAGGGCCAAAGAGACCCAGGGUUAG